AUGGAAAAACAAAUCAUAACAGAACAUAACCCGCCAACUAUAGCGCCAUCGUUUAUGCCAAUUGCUGGACAAAUACCAAUUGAAUUUGGCAGACUAACAAUUCCGCGCAUUCCCUGUGGUUCACCCAAAUCUCGCAAAGGUUACGGAAGUAUCCGUGUGAAAGUACAAGACGAAAAACUGCAAGAAAAAUCAAUUGAUAAUAAAAAUGAGAGUUUGGAUGACGGAAUUACUAAGCCUAAAAGCUAUAGCAAUAGUAAUAGCAACGGUUAUGAAACAACAUUUGACAAAUUAUCAUUACUUACCACCAAAGAAUGGAUAACAAUUUGUAUGUUAUCAAUUGCAAAUCUUAGCAGUACCAGUGCUUACAGCUGUAUUGCACCCUUUUAUUCAAAUGAGGCAAAAAUUAAAGGUUUAAAAAGUUUCGAGAUUGGUAUAGUAUUUGGCGUUUUCGAAUUAGCAAUGUGUUUUAUUGCACCGCUAUUCGGCAAAUAUAUGGUUUCAAUUGGCUCAAAAAGGAUGUUUGUUUCCGGAAUCGGAAUUACUGGUAUAACUGUUAUACUUUUUGGAUUUUUGAAUUACAUCGAAUCGUCAGCUUUAUUUUUCUGGUCCUCGAUUGGCCUUCGAAUAUUGGAAGCCCUCGGUGAUGCGGCUUUCGUCACAUCGUCAUUUGCAAUUGGUAUUAAAUGUUUUCCAGGACGAAUUGCAAUUGUUGUUGGCGUCCUGGAAACAUUCGUAGGCCUAGGCAGUACAGCAGGCCCAUUAUUUGGUGGUAUAUUGUAUGAAAUUGGUGGUUUUCAAUUACCAUUUUUUGUAUUAGGCAUUAUUCUAAUCUUUGUUGGAUUAUUAGCAUAUUUUUUGGUCGAAAAUGUGGAUGAUAAUGUAAAAAUGGAGAGUAAAGGUAUGUUAGGUAUGUUGAAGAUACCAGUACUAUGGAUUAUGAUUUGUGCAGUGAUUAUGUCCUCCAUAUCAUUAUCAUUUCUCGAUCCAACAUUAGCAGAUCAUUUAGAAUCGUUCAAACUUACACCAUCCAUUAUUGGCUUAAUGUUUUUAUUGUCCGGUGGAAUUUAUACAAUAACAGCACCUCUUUGGAGUAUAAUUAUCGAUAAAUUUAACUGUGGCAAGACGAUUAUAAUGUUUGGUUAUGUGGCAGUAAUGAUUAGUAUGAUUAUCAUUGGACCAUCACCUUUCUUGAAUGUUGAAAAAAACUUAGGUUGGAUAGAAAUUGCACUCGGUAUACUUGGCAUUGCUGAUAGUGCUUUGUACAUUCCAACUUUUCAAAUGUCGAUUGAUACACUGCGGUACGAUGAAUCGGUGCAAACAUAUGGUUGUAUAUCAGGUUUAUUUCAAUCCGCCUAUUCUUUCGGAUCAUUUUUUGGACCAACACUUGGUGGUCUAUCUGUACAAUGGAUUGGUUUCCCGUGGACAACAACUAUUAUAGCUUUAUUAAAUGUUGUCCUUGUUGUUGCAAUUCCAUUAUUUUAUGCAACAUAUGGCAGGUUCGGUCUUUGUACUCGAUCGAAAAUCAUAUCAUAA